AACAGGUUACAAGUGGAAAAACGAGCCUUGGAAGUCUGGGGCUCCGAAGAAGCCCUGGAGGAAGAGCACGAGCGCCGCGGCGGCAACAAAGAGCGGACGAAGCAGAAGCGAAUGGAGAAGAAGGUGAAGGAGUUGCGUCGAGCCGUGAGGAGUAGUUUGUACAAGCAGAACUUGGGUAGCGGACACGUUCACGAGUACGGGGAAGAAGAAUAUUUGGAGGCUUCGGACGAGUACAAGCAAGUGUGCUCGACUUGCGGACACGAGCGAGUUUACGAGAAAAUGUGAUCCCGUGCUGAAGAGGAAAGGUGUGCUUGAGUUGCGGACACAAACGCUUCUUUGAAUAAAGCUGAAGAUCCCAUCUUAUGGUUGAUACCCGUGAUUUUGUGAGUAAAAAAAAAAAAAAAAAUCUUCUGAUUCUUCUUUGGUUGUGAGUGGAACCUGAAAGAGCCCCAUGUUCCUGAACCCCUAUAAGAAUGUCAAGUAAAUUUGGAACGUGCAGGAUUUUGAAAAAUUGAAUAUUUGCUGUUGGGAGUCUUGAUUUUCUCAGACUAUCAAUAAUGUGAGUAAGAAAAAAACGUUUAUUUCAAGCUAUUAUAUUGAAGAUUUGUGGAAAAUUUCAGCAAGAUUAAUUUCCCUGAUCUUGCGAAAGUGCUCCUUUUUGGUGGAGAGGAUUCAAAAUGUUUUCGUGUUUUCGUCGCAUUUAUAUGUGCAUUGCAUUUGUGGAGAAUCAAAAGCGGCGGGAAAUUUGUGAAUGACCCAUAUUAUAUGGAAUUGAAUCUCUCGAA